GGACUAAAAGACGAAGUUAAGAACGAGAUAUUUAAGCUCGAUCUACUAAAAGAAUUCCUAACUUAUAUCGAACUCGCUAUUAGAAUAGAUACUAGACUCUAUAAGUAA